GUCGUUUUCCAGAAGUUCCAGAGGCCGAUCGAGGCUUCUUCUUCCCCUGCAACAGCACGCUCAUCUGUAUCCCAUCUCACCUUCAUGGGCAGUGGGCUGAAGAGUUUGUCAAGUUCACCGGCAACAAGUACAAGCUCGUGGCAUUGAGCAAAGACGCAGACCUCAAGAAGGCCACCGUCAGGACAAUCCUGGAGUCGGACGUGGUGCUCUGCGAUUACCAGCUCUUUCAGCGGGGCUUCUACCUCAAGCGCCGUCAGGAGCUUGCUGCUUUGGUGGCUCCCCGAUCGGACCUGCCAGAUGCGGAAUUCGCCGCAAAAAAGCAAGCGGAUGAUGUUGCCUUCAAAACGCUGCAAUGUGGGACCUACACCUUCCAACAAAACACCCAUCAGCAUGUCUGGCGGGGAUUCCUCAAGGGAACACCCAGAGGUGGUGAAGCCUCUUGGAAGCAGCUGGGUUUCCCAGUCUUGGAGCAGUUUUUCUGGCGACGAGUGGUCUUCGAUGAGCUUCAUGAACUCACCGGGGACUCGAUUUGCCGCACAUUGUCUUUUCUGCGGGCAUUGCACGGCACCAAGCACAUUGCCAGCAUGGCCUCCUUGCUUCGGGUGGAGGUGGCUGGCCCUGGCUUCACGAACUGCUGGCGGUUCUUGGAUGCCUGUGUGCGGCAAAACACUGCUGAGCUACCGAAGCUGCGUGUUGUUCAGCAUCUGAAGUUUGUCCGACACACUGCCCAAGAGUGGCGGGCGCUGUAUUUGUCGGCAUGCAACGCUCCAGCAGAGACGGCGGACGGGAAGCCGUGCCAAAACCGAAAGCUCCUGCAGCUUUGCUCCCACUUCAGUGCCCACGAACUGGCAGAGGAUGCCAACGAGGCCUGCGGCCGGCUGCUGAAGUCCAGGCAGCAGGAGGCUGCUGCGGCCAAGGAGGAGGUCCGAAAAGCGUUGCGACACCUGGAGGCAUUGCGGCGCCUGGGCAUCAGUCUGCAGCUACCGAAGGCUCCGCAGGAGGCGAAAGAUGUGGAGACUUUUGUGGAGGAGGCGUGCGAGGAGGCGAAGACCCUUAGCCCUUUGGCGGAUGGCCUGGAGCGCCUGGGUUUGGCUGGGCGCUGGAAGCGGAUUGGUAGGCUACUGGAGAAGGGCAAAGAAGGCGAGGGCAAAGAAGGUGAGGACUUGGAGGUCCUGGAGGGAAGGGGCCGAGAAGGUUUGGAGGCCCUGAGCCAAGCCAUGGUAAAGCUCGCGCAAGCUUCGGGCCGGCUUUUCUUCUUGCAGCGGACCUUAGCUCUGGUGGAAGAGAACUCGGAUGCGUCGACAAGAUCCUGCAGCAUCUGCUACGAAGAGAACCUGGAACUCGAGCAGUUGGGCAUCACACCCUGUGCAGACAUCCAGCCCCUGAUGCUGGAAGUUGCCAGCAGAGAGGAAGGGGUUGAAAGCAAGGAAGGCAAGGACAGCAAGUCCGUGGAACUCGACAAAGAACUGCGAAAGUUUGGAAGCAAGCUGGGAGCCAUUGUGAUCCAGCUUCGAGAAAUCAAGCAGAAGGAUCCUGGGGCCAAGUGCAUCGUCUUUUGCCAAUGGGAGAGUUUGCUGCAGAACAUCGCGGCUGCCUUCAAGGCCUUUGGCAUCCGCUUUGCCCGGCUGCAUGGCUCCGUCUACGCGCGCACGCGGACCUUGGAGCGCUUCAAGGGUGCGGACUCGGAGACGGAUGUCCUGCUGCUGUCUUUGGAGCAGAGUGCAAGCGGGACCAACCUUACCUGUGCUAGCCACGUGAUCUUGGUGCACCCCAUGGACGCUGAGACGCAGGAGCAGUCGGUAGCCUUCGAAUUGCAGGCUAUUGGGCGCGUGCGACGGUGGGGCCAGACCAGGAGUGAGAUUCACAUCUGGCGUUUCUGCACCAUCGGCACUGUGGAGGAAGAGAUCACCAGCAAGCAUCAGAAGGAAAUCUAUGAGACCUGUCGAUCAUCGGACCCUAUGCCCUCCGCCGAGACCCAGGUGUCCCCUGCGGCCAAGCUGGCCAAGCGCAAGCGCGAGGAGGAAAAGGCACAGGGAAGGUCGGCGGCCAUGGCGGCCAGGUCUCCCAGGCCCUGUCUUGGGCCCUGGCCAUGUCCUCGGUGCACUUUGCUGAAUGCGGCGGAUGCGCUGACCUGUGACGCCUGCGAUGGACCUCGGCCCGGUGGCCAUGCGAGCAAUGCGAGCACAACUGCAAAAUCCGCUGCCGCAGUGGCCAAGCCCAGUCCACAUCCCAAGAGCUUUGGAAAGCCGUUGGUGCAUCAGACGGUUGCGAUGGAUCUCGAUUCUAGUUCUGCUUCCUCAAGCUCAAGCAGCUCAGAGUCCGAACAGAAAGCAGGGCUUCUCCAGCCUCACAGAGCGGAUGUGACGUGA